AUGUGCUUUAUUUCCGCGCGCAUUAACACAGACCAGUGCUUUUCUUUUCCGUCGAGGGGAUACGAAGCCAUUACCUGUAAAAGGAGCCAAGGGGAGGAUACUGCCGAGACAAAGGAUGCGGGGAAAGCUGAAGCAGAGUGUGCUACAACGAAUGAAGCUAAGACUGUCGGAAGGUGGGUCGAAAAGGGGCCAAAGGUUGGGCAUGCCAAGCUAGGCGUGCCGAAAGGAAGGAAGGCCAACAAGGCCAAAGCGGAAGAGGCCAAGGCGAAACAGGCGCAACUGAAAAGUGCACAGCCCAAAAGGGUGCAGGCAAAGGGUGAUCAUCCUGAAAGUGAUCGACUCGAAGGGGAUCGGUUCAAAAGAGAGCACCCACAAAAUGCGCAACAUAAGACGACGAGGGUCGGGUGUACCCUUAAAAAGGUGGCGGAGGGCUCGGACUCCGAUUUGGGUGAGGAGCCUCUUGAGGCCUAUUCCGGGGCUAUUCCAUGGGUGAAGAGCGAAGGAGGAAUUAUUAAGGGAGGUGUGUACAAAGAGGAAAAGAGAAAAGGUGAAAGGAGAAAAGAUGAAAAGGGAAAAGCUGAGAAACGAAAGGGGGAAAAGCACAAAGAAAGGGAUAUAAAGACAAGGGCGCACAAAAAAGGGAGGCGCGAAGGAACUCCACGGCGAAGCCACAGGAAGGAACGGCAGCCCCAGGUGUGUGCGCUGUUAGACGGGUCGGAGGACGCAUCCGCGCUUUCCUGCGCAGAAUCGUCCACACUGUCCCUGGCCUCAGGCACGUCAGAAAACUCCAGCCUCUACUGGGGGGAAGACAACCUCAUUGAAAUAUUCAUUGGACAAGCAAAGCUAAAAAGCCAACAGACAGACUGCUCCCAUUAUGAACAGGCAUUCUGUGUGUCCUAUUUUGUGUAUGAAGACCCGCUAGAAAUUUUCAGCCUAUUUCAGGGAGUAAGUUGGCUGCCAGAAUUGAGAAACCGAUGUACCUCCCUAAACAGAAUCGAGUUUAAGCCAAAGGAAAACAUCAAAAAGACUUACUCCUCCGCAUAUAUAAAUAUCAAUCAAUGUGUACAUUUAAGGAGGAGACACAAUGAGGUGCUAAACAUUGUGGAUGAUGGGAUUGCCUACGUUUUUAUUUCAAUCAUUGGGGUUAAUUUGAAGGAGUACGAACAAUUUUUUUACCAGAGUGAAUAUGCCACGAUCAAGGGAGGGACAACCUCCCCCCCGGGCACUUCCUACAUUAGAAGCGAUGUCGUUAAGCCGCUAAACCGAUUUUACCACCCGGGGGGGAUAAUCCCCAACAUGGAUGAAGAGUAUCAAAGGGGGGUUGAGGAUAUCCCAUUUGGAAAAAAUCUCGCGGAAAAGUACAAAAAGGAAAUAGAGUCAGAAUUGGACUCCAUGAGAGAGAAAAAAAUUGUCAUUGAGAGGGAUUACAAAAAAUUUCUUCACAUCUUAGGCUCCUCCAUUGUUCCUAUAAAGGUGUCUAAUGAAGGAGAAUUAAAGAAGGUUGAGAAUAUGUGCACUAAAGACAGCUACAAUGUUUACCCUCAUGAAGUCAUUCGAGCUAUCUUCUACAACUAUAUAGACCUCUUCAGAAAAAACAAAAAGGCAAAUUUGUUCCAUCUCAUUAGUAAGCACGAAGAGGAGUUAUUACCAGUGGGUCGUCUGAAUAUUCAGAGCAAAGAAGUGAAAAAGGAUGUACUACCCCCCGGGGAUCUGCUCCACGAAGAGGAUAUAUUUCACAACCUGAGCAGGAGCAAUGGAGGAAGUGACGCACAUAAUGUUGCAAAGAAAAUUCUUAAAUACGUUACAGUAAGAAGAACGAGUAGAGGAGAAGAAGAAGACAGCUUCGUUAAAGAAAUAAAAAAAUUGUUUUCCCACUUAGUUGUAGAAUUAAAUAAAAAAUAUCCCAAGCGCAUGAACCAGUCUUUUUCCUACUUUGAAAAGUCUCUGCACAAAAUGGAUGAUAUGAAUGGCCAAGAAAAAUUUAGGAAAAAAAUUAGGAAAAAAUUAUUUAAAAUGUUGGGACUAUCAAAGAGGAGAUUCCAAAACGAACUCUGUCCAGCCGGUUCGAGAAUUUCAGAAGUGCCCUGUUCACACCUAAUUGUUUAUGUUCACUGUGUGUCCAAUAUAGCUCUUAAGUUGAGCUCGUUAAAAGAUUUUACUGACGUGAAGCUCUUCCAUGGGAUCAUAUUUUGGGAGGAAGAGGGGAACAGUUUGCACAAUCUUCAAAAUUUAAGUGACAGAAAAAGGAGGACCAUCAGAUUGACGUCGCAGAAUGGGAUCCAAGUUGACUACUACUGCGCCACGGAAUGUGAGCAGCAGAGUCACAAAGUGGGGGGAGAAAAACAGGAUGUCGUUUGUUUGAAGCUUAAUUUCAACAGCCCCGUCAUCCUGCCUUACAACUACAACGCGUCUUCUUGCCGACUGAAUUUUGUCCUUCUGCACAGAGGCAUUCCGCUGCUUCGCUUGGGUGAAAGCGGCAGAAGAGAAGAUAGUUGCAACUAUGACGUCCUCUACGACAACUGCUGCUACGCCAUAAACGAUAAAACUCCGUUUAACGAAGGGGACAAGGUAAAGAGGACCCUCCAAAUCCACCGGCAUUAUCUGAAAACGAAGGGGCACGACCCCUUCACAGAAAGUUCCCGACCCUCUGUUGAAUUCUCAUUCUAUACACACCCAAAGAAUAGCACAUUUUUUUCGGAACCCAAGUAUAAACUGCUUUACAAAAAUCGAAUGAAGAGCAACCUGGGAGAAGACAUUACUCACUCGGCCUAUUCAGCUCCUAAUUUUGGAAGGGACAAACUGGUUUUUCACUUUUUCGAUGACUUUGCGGAUGACCCACGUUUGGAGAAAGCAAACCGGAGGUGUCCUUUUAAGAGUUACUUCUUCGUCCCCGUUAUGGGGCGUGAAAUGCAAGAACGGUCUCCAGUGGGGAAGCGCGGUGACACUCCAUCGAGGCAUGCCCAAUCGUAUGAAACUCCCUUAAGGAAUGCUCCGUCAAGCGCUGUCCGCAUGCACGGUCAACGUGGGGCCUCCCCUCUGGAAGCUCUCAUCCAAGUGGUCCACUUGGCCGUGGCAGAGGGAGGGGGACUCAAGGGAGGGGAAAUAAACAGCUGGCACUCCUUCUACGUACACACCAAAAAUUACAGAAAAAAGAAGAUAUAUGGAGGAAAACACGUUCAAAUUAGGAUACAAAUUGAGCCCCUCGGUUAUCUUCAUUUAGACUAUGGUGCUGAUCCCUGUAGGGACGGAGAGGUAAAUAAAAAAACCUUAACUUGUUAUGCACCUAAUAAGGGGCUCAUGGGUUCUGAUAAGUUCUGCUUUAACUCCUUUAGUGAGAUCCACGAACUGGUAGAUUACAAAGUGGAGGAUUUAAAAAAUGGAACUUACGAGGUGACAUACCAGGUGCACAAAGUGGGAAGGAAGCUGCUAUACAUCUUCUGCGACGGGAUCGAUGUGGUUGGUUCUCCAUAUGAAAUAGAGGCUACCCCCUCGGACGCAGAUCCAAAGUCGUGCAAAAUUUUGGGGAAGGGGGCCACCCAGUGUCUGGCCACUCCUGUUUUGGAUCUGGACAGUGGGCCCUGGGUUGGUGGCCGUCUAGGCAAGCAGCAAUACGAGAAUGGGUUUGUGGGGGGAGAGGUAAAUCGGGAUGCCAGUCUGAACGGCGACGUGGCUGUUAACCAGGGUGGCCAUCUGGAGGUUUCCAUAGGGGCUCCCCUUUCCUCGAUCUAUACGAAGGCGGGCCUAGUGCCAAGUGGGGGGAAUCUCGACGGAAGUGCCCCACCGCUCGAAUCCUCCUUACAACUUGAGUCGGCUGAGCCAGGGGGGAGUGCUCCAGAGGCAAAUGUCCAGAAAGGGUUUGACGGAACCGCAUCAGCGGGGGGGGUUUACCGAGCAGUACUACCAGUGGAAGGACGCCCAGGGGAAACUCACCCGAGUUUCACUGCUUCUGCCACCGCUACUCCAACCUCUGCUCCCACUGCUGUCUCUCCCCAGGGCGAACACCAAUUACACAUCAUCUCUGUAACGAAGCGGGAGGUGAGCACCGACCUGGGGGCACCCAAAACGGAAGAGGUGUCAGAUCAGUGUGCGAGCGAAGAAGCGUCAGGAAGUAGAUCGUCAGCGAGGAGGAUCCCCUACUGCAGUGACGAAGCAAACAAGCUUUUUUCUCAGCCAAAAUAUUACGACGAAAUAGAAGGGGAGAACAUCACCAAGAUGGACAAAGCAAACAAGCAGAGGUGUGCUGAGAUCCUGGAAGAAACCCAAAUAGUGAACACAUUUACAGUCAUACUUUGUGAUAAAAAUGGGGUAAAGCUAAGUAUCGGGAAUGACAACGUAAAAGUGGUGGGAAAGAAUGGCGCACAGAUUAAACGGCUCGUGGAUAACAAUAACGGGAGCUACACAGUUGAGUAUGUUGCCCAUUUUAAGAGAGAGGGGAAAACGAAAAAGAUGUUUGACGAUGAAGACAUAAAACAAGUGCAAACUUUUUAUGAAGAAUUCCUUAUACAGUGUAGUAAAAAACACAACGAUAAUUAUCUCAUUGAAGAUUUUCAAAGGAGGUUCCAUCAGGGGGGCAUUCCAAUAUGCUGCCAGAUUCAUGUCUACAUAAACGAGGUUGAGAUGUUUGGCUCCCCACUGAAACCCAUCAUUAUGAAUAUCCCACAGAUUCUCCACUUUUUCAACUUAUAUUUCCAGUUCACUUACUCAGGGUUGUUACUAAAAAGUUUUGAAUUGCUACUAAACUGUAAUGAUUACCAAGGGUGCAUGAGUAGUCUGUCUUCAUUUUAUUCAACUUUCUUAGAGGUAGUCGAGAGUGAACAAGGGCGCUCCAAGUCAAUAGACUCGGGAAGCUUCCCAACGAUGAUCCCAUUUGUAUCCCCCAAGGGAAGUGACGACGAAGUCAAAGCUGAAAACUUCUUCUUUAACAUUCCACUGAACAUUUUCGACUUGAGGAAGGGGGCCCUCGUAGAUAGUUCCUUACCAGUGGGUGAGAUCCCCCAUGGGCACACCAAAUGGGGGGAGCAACAAAAGGGUGCAGUGGCGAAGUAUACAAAAGGUGACCCACUACACGAAAGAGCAAUUCACGAAAUGAACGAAUCUUCAUUUGUCAAUGAGUGGCUCCACAUGCACAUGCACAAAUCGAAGUUGUCCAAAACGGAUGCGAAGUAUGACCUGGGCAUGAACCUGGCCUACUCCCUAAGUAACAUCAUUUUGCAGCACCUGAUAUAUUUGAAACAGUACAAAUUCUUUAUCAACUCGAAGCAGUAUGAAAACGGCUUGCUCCAGGACAACAUACUUACGCAUUUUAGGAAGCUACUGGAGGAGGAAUACAACAAAAUGUUUGCCUACCAAACGAAGAACAUCAUACAGUACUGCGAAAAAAUUGAGAACGUGAAAUUUAGCGGCUUGGAAGAAUUAAUAAAGGUGUACAAAGGCAUUGCAUCCGAGCUGAGGAAGUUAAAGAAGAACGAUCUGGCGGACGAUUUCGAUAAGUGCUGUGAACACAUGUGUCAAGAGUUGUAUCUUCAUAACAUCGAGUGCAGUCUGCUUAGGAAGGAAGCCAUGUUGGACAAGUAUGAGCAAGUGAUUGACCAGAAAAUGGAAAAAGUCGACCAAAUCAAGGAGAGACUGAAGAAGUAUGAAAGGAACGAGGUAGACAUGGAGAGAAUCUCUAAAAUGUGCAGCGUCAAAAGGGAUAAAGGGAUCCAGACGAACGACUACUUAUCAUUGUCUCACAAGAACAACUUCUUAACCGCUCUCAUCGAGUCCAGGAAGGAUAAACCCUCAGCAGGGGAAGGACAAAUGAAAAAUGAACAGACAAAGCAGUUCCACCUGGAGGAAACACAAAUCAGGGACAUGGUGAGGAAAUACUGGAGAAACGCAUCCACCUAUGACAUAUUUGUGAGUAUAAAAAAAACAAUGAAUAAUUGCCCACGACUGAAAACCUCGCUGGACGAAACGUUUAACUACUACAGUUGUAGUGUCAAGAAGGAAAACAAAAUGAAGGAGUUUCAAAUUAAAAAAAUGCAGGAAAUAAAAAUGGUGGAGAAUCUGGACAAUUUAAAAAUGAUAGACUUAAAUGAAGACAAUAACAACCUACUCUCACAUAACGACUUGAGUACCUUCCAUCUGACGUACAACGCUUAUGUAGCUUUCCUAGUUGACCUGCGAUGCAACAAAUUUUUUAUUAAAGAUUUGGAGAAUGUCCUUUGGCUGUUCGAGAAAUUUUCCAUCCAACACCACUCCUUUCGAAACCUUUACAAUCCCUAUGGAUUCUUACGAGUCAUUCCAAAGUAUUUCUUCAUCGCCUUUGUUAGAGAGUUGAGCUAUUUGAAUAUGCUCUAUGUCAUCUCUGAAUGUGUGGUCACGAAUAAUGAGGACGAGAAAAUAUUUCUCAACAUAAAUCACCCCUCUAGGCUGUCCGCAUUUCAUCAUUUUGUCAAGUACCAUUUUGUUCCCUUUUACGAGGAACUUAGUUUGGAACCCAAUUUUCAGAAUUUUAAACAAAAUUUAAUUGAGUAUAAUGAGGAAGAGGUCGACCCGGAUAGCACCAGGGACACAUGGUCCUCCGGGGGUGGAGUCAUCACGACCACCACCCCACAUAUAAACCCCCUUGAUUUGGAGACCUACUUCAACAACGAGCUGCCUCUCUUAGUUCGGCACAGGAACUUCGAGAAGACCUUUCCCCUUCUGUUUGAUUACUACUCGGAGUUGUCUUCCCCGCGUGGCGCCCCGUUCCAGGAGCGCGCCGGGGCAACUACUCAAGGGGAAGUCGUCCAGGGCCAGACCAUUUCUGACGCCGCUAACAAGGACAACUCCACUAAUAUCGCUAACCAAGUGGUAAAAGGCGAAACCGCGCCGUGUCCCGAGAAGCAUGUCUCCGUUGCCAUCUUCAUUCGAUUCCUGCGAGAGUUUGGCCUCAUCCCACACUUCUUUAGCAACCAAAUGGCGAUACAGACACUUCAGGGCUUUAUGCAAAAGAAGGGGAAGAAGAAAUUAAACUACGAGGACUUCUCCCAUGCCAUCAUUAUUUCCAUCUGUGAAUGCGUGAAAAAAAACAUCCUCACCCAGUACAACAUGCUCAAGGUGAAUAAUCAGCUAAACUCAAAAAUUCAGACGGAGAAAAUUUUGAAUCGAAGUUAUAUUCAAUACGAGGCCAAGGAGUUAAUCUACCUCUUCGGGUUCGCUGACAUGGAGCUGGUGCGGUCGAAGCUGGCCGGGUAG